AGAGAGAGAGAGAGAGAGAGAGAGAAAAUCUAAAUCCUCCUUUUUUAAUUGUACUAAUCGAUAUAUAUAUACACACACACACUGAAAAAUGGUUGAAUCUGAAUCCAACCCUUCGCUGCUGCUGCUCCGAUCUUCUUCAAUUCCUUAGCUCCAAACGAAUCCACUUUUUUUUUAAUUUAUAAAUAUUUUUUUAAUGGAGUGAAAAUAGGAAGGACAAGAUUAAAUACUUGUUUUCUCCUUCGAUUUUCGAUUGUUGUUUCAUUUUUGUAUACCUUUUUUUUUUUCGAUUGUCGAGAAUGGACAGUGGCGAUGGUGGGGAGGUGGCAUCAGCUGCGGCGGGUCCACCUACGCCGCUAGAAUGGAAAUUCUCUCAGGUCUUUGGCGAGCGAACGGCCGGCGAAGAAGUACAGGAAGUGGAUAUCAUCUCAGCCAUUGAAUUUGAUAAAACUGGUGAUCAUCUGGCAACUGGUGAUCGUGGUGGAAGGGUGGUGUUGUUUGAAAGGACAGAUACUAAAGAGCAUGGUGGAAAUCGAAGAGAUUUAGAGAGGAUGGAUUAUUCAGUUACUCGACACCCAGAGUUUCGUUACAAAACCGAAUUUCAGAGCCAUGAACCUGAGUUUGAUUAUCUCAAGAGUUUGGAAAUCGAGGAGAAAAUCAACAAGAUUCGGUGGUGCCAGACAGCCAAUGGUGCCCUCUUUCUUUUGUCUACUAAUGACAAAACUAUUAAGUUUUGGAAGGUCCAAGAGAAGAAAGUCAAGAAAAUUUCUGAGAUGAAUAUGGACCCAAUUAAAGCUUCCGGAAAUGGUGGUAUUGCAAGUUCUAGUUUUUCUUCGAGUCCUAAGACCAAUCUUGCUAAUGGUGACUGUUCAGAUCAAUCUGAAACCAACAACUUGUCCUUUCCGCCCGGUGGAAUCUCCUCACUGCGAUUACCAGUGGUCACAAGCAGCGAGACAAGUCUUCUUGCAAGAUGCAGGAGGGUAUAUGCUCAUGCACAUGACUACCAUAUCAAUUCCAUUUCAAACAACAGUGAUGGCGAGACAUUUAUAUCAGCUGAUGAUCUCCGGAUUAAUCUUUGGAACUUGGAAAUAAGCAAUCAAAGUUUCAAUAUUGUUGAUGUCAAGCCAACAAACAUGGAGGAUCUAACUGAAGUGAUAACUUCAGCAGAAUUUCACCCCACUCAUUGCAAUAUGUUAGCAUAUAGUAGUUCGAAAGGAUCAAUCCGUCUCAUUGAUUUGCGACAAUCUGCGCUGUGUGAUUCACAUUCUAAACUAUUUGAGGAGCAGGAGGCACCUGGCUCAAGAUCAUUUUUCACUGAGAUAAUUGCUUCGAUUUCCGAUGUUAAGUUUGCAAGGGAUGGAAGAUAUUUAUUGAGCCGUGAUUACAUGACCCUUAAGUUGUGGGAUAUUAAUAUGGAUUCUGGUCCAGUGUCAACCUUCCAGGUUCAUGAGUAUUUAAGACCCAAGCUAUGCGACUUGUAUGAAAAUGAUUCCAUUUUUGAUAAAUUUGAAUGCUGCCUGAGCGGUGAUGGUAACCGAGUGGCUACUGGUUCUUACAGCAAUCUAUUCCGUAUAUUUGGCUCUACAACGGGCAGUACCGAGGCAACUACUCUAGAAGCAAGCAAAAAUCCAAUGAGAAGGCAGGUCCAGACCCCUUCUAGGCCUUCCAGAUCCUUGACCAGUAGCAUCAGUCGUGUCGUAAGACGAGGUGCAGAGAGCCCCACUGUGGAUGCCAAUGGGAAUUCAUUCGAUUUCACUACGAAGCUGCUCCACCUGGCAUGGCACCCAUCAGAAAACUCAAUCGCUUGUGCUGCAGCAAAUAGCUUGUAUAUGUACUAUGCUUAAAAAAGUCGACUUUUUUGGUACGCUUCUCUUUCAGAAAAUCGAGAGCCUCCAUUCGUAAAAUCACUAGCACAGGUUUCGAAAGUCAACUUUCAGAAUCGGGCUGCAACCUGCCAUAAUUUCUUUAAUUUUUUUUCACCUCUCAUCAAAAGUGGAUGCAGCUAUGUUGUUAUUUUGUGUUGGGGUAGAAGUUGGGAAGGAAUGUUAUUUUAGCUCUCUCCGACAAAACGAAAACGAAAAGAUGUCGUAAAUUGUUUGUAGUUUUAAGGUAAAAUGUAGUUUUUUCUUUCUUCUUCUUCUUCGAAAGGAGCUGCUGCUAACAUGCAGGCCAUUAAGUUUAUUAACUUCUAUCGUAGCAUCGAACUCUAUCUACUACUGUAGGAAUGACGAUUUUGGCCCUCUUUUUUUUCGUUUAUAGAUUCUUAUUUGAUGUUUCUCUUGUAAAAGUAUUUAACCUUUGGCUUCUAUUUAAUUUGUACAAUAUUUAUUUUUCUA